AUGGCCUCCCCCGCAGCGGAGAGCGGCGCCGCGCUCCCAGCCCUAGGGCCGCAUGGGCAACCGGCGCUCAGCGUCCGGGCGAGUCACGAUGGCUGUUCUCUUGGGGACAAGGAGUCUUGGGAGAAUCGUGGGGUCUGCCUCUUCCCCGAGCCUCUGUACCACUUAACCCUCUCCCCAACUCCUGCAAAAGCCCUGCCCUACGCGGCUCCGGACACGGAAUUGCACCUGCGCCCCAACUGCGUCUUCAUCUUUGUGGCCCCAGAGCCCAGAACCCAGCUUGCCGCACAGGAAGCCCUGGGAGCGGAUUUACUCUGUGCUCGGAGCCUCGAGCUCUUGGACAGCAGUUGGUUGCUCAAUCGGAUACAGAGGGUCGGUAACACUUUCUCCGAGAGCCGGGUGCCAUCCCAGUGUCCCAGCGUGGCCCUCGCUGAACGGAACCAGGCGGCCACACUGCCAGUGCGGCUGCUCCAGGACAGCCCGGCAGCUCAGGAGGACAAUGACCAUGCCAGAGACAGUUACCAAAUGAAGAUGGAUGCCCAUGGCUUUGCCCCGGAGGAGCUGGUGGUGCAGGUGGAUGGCCAAUGGCUGAUGGUGACCGGACAGCGGCAAAUGGAGGGCAGUGACCCGGAAAGGGGCAGUUACAGCAUGUCACAGAAGAUGCACCAGAAAACGCGGCUCCCGACCAACAUGAAUCCCACCGCCAUGACCUGCUGCCUGACCCCCUCCGGCCAGCUGUGGGUCAGAGGCCAGUGUGGGGCACUGGCUCUCCCUGAAGCCCAAACAGGACCGUCCCUGAAACUCAGCAGCCUCGGUUCUAAGGCUUCCAAGCUGACCCAGUAAACAAUAACCCUGUGUGCAGCA